CAUCCCAUCCCAGGACCAGUCGCCCGAGUCCGGUUAGGAAGAAUCUAUCAUUCUGUACCCUUUUCCUCUUCCAUUUCCGGGUGCUGAAGACGAAUUGAGGGAGAAGAAGUAAAUACAAACGAACCAAAAUCUUCAACAGCCAAGCAAAAGGAACCUCUCUCUCUCUCACAAACAUGGCUCGGCAAGCUACAAAAAUCCUGGGCCCCAUAUCUUCGAAUCUGCGUUCUCUCCUUUCUCUCUCUUCUCAGCCAUCUCGCCAAUUCGCAGCCGCUGCAUCCCAGCCAUCGCCAGCUGUUUUCGUCGACAAGAACACCAGAAUUAUCUGCCAAGGCAUCACCGGGAAGAAUGGCACCUUCCAUACCGAGCAAGCCAUUGAAUACGGCACUAAAAUGGUCGGUGGGGUGACACCAAAGAAAGGUGGAACAGAACAUUUAGGGCUUCCCGUUUUCAACACAGUAGCGGAAGCAAAGGCAGAGACAAAGGCUAAUGCAUCGGUUAUUUAUGUUCCCCCACCAUUUGCUGCAGCUGCUAUCUUGGAGGCAAUGGAAGCUGAGUUGGAUCUGGUUGUGUGCAUCACAGAGGGGAUCCCUCAGCAUGACAUGGUUCGAGUGAAGGCUGCUCUUAACAGGCAAACCAAGACUCGGCUGAUUGGACCGAACUGCCCUGGUAUUAUCAAGCCCGGAGAAUGCAAGAUUGGAAUUAUGCCGGGUUAUAUUCACAAGCCAGGGCGUGUAGGAAUUGUUUCCCGAUCGGGUACCUUGACUUAUGAAGCGGUUUUCCAAACAACUGCUGUUGGCCUGGGACAAUCUACCUGUGUAGGAAUAGGAGGGGAUCCUUUCAAUGGGACGAACUUUGUGGAUUGCAUGAAGAAAUUCCUUGAUGAUCCUCAGACUGAAGGGAUUGUUCUUAUAGGAGAGAUUGGAGGAACUGCAGAAGAGGAUGCUGCAGCCUUAGUCAAGGAAAGUGGAACUCAGAAGCCUAUCGUUGCAUUUAUUGCUGGACUUACUGCAUCGCCAGGUCGUUGCAUGGGUCAUGCUGGAGCGAUUGUUUCUGGUGGGAAGGGAACUGCCCAAGAUAAAAUUAAGACCCUCAGAGCAGCCGGAGUGACAGUUGUAGAGUCCCCUGCAAAAAUUGGCACUGCGAUGCUUGACGUUUUCAAAGAGCGUGGUCUUGUAAGUUAGAAGGCUUUUAUCAUAUUCCUAUUAUGUGGAAUAACUCUCUUUUUUAGUUUGCAAAACCAUCGGCUUCCUCAUAUUUUUUGAGGUGAUUGGAUGUAGCCUCUGAUGCGGUCAGGAAUAUGCAUUUUUUUUUGAAAUCUGUUGGCCAUUUGAUAAUCAAUAAUGGAAAGUGUCUGCAGGACAGCAUACAACUACGUUUUUUUUUCCUUCUGAAAUUCAAGUUGUUGAAUUUGAAUCAGAUUUUGGCUUUACUUGAAAGGUUUGCA